AUGGAGGAGCACCACGCGUCACGUGUACCGAUUUAUAUUACGUUCUCUGCCACAAGCGGCCAACCUCUGCCAAAUCUCACCUUUAGGAUUGUUGUUGCAGCUCGCGCAAAUGCUUGCCUGCCGCUCUCGCUCGUCGAAACAGUUGCGCGCCGUGUGAUGGGCGUUUUGAUUGCAGAGCCUCGAACUGAAUACACCACAGCUUUUGAAUCCAAACAUGACCUUGACCGCCAAAUCUACCCACAGAGCUCUUAUGGCAAUAGUGUUGCGUCUGAGGCCGAGCGUGGGCGAUUUGCACUCGGCUCGCCUCGCGGAAUAAGGUUCACAAGCUGGGAUCAGAUGCUGCAAAUUCAACAAGAUCGGCCCCCGCUGCCUGUUGCACGUUCAACAUUAUUGGCUUGUCAAGCUGCCCAGGCCCAGAGCUCCGGAUAUCUGCAAAUCGUUACUGCAGGCGUCAAUCUGCGCCGUGCAUCCAAUGCAUCCAGCCCAGGCCCGCAGCCUCUGUCCUUAACUUCUGGUACAUCAGAGACGGUCAGCUGGGACAAUGGGCCAAGCCCCUUCAAGGUUGAAAAGCGCAACCAACAAAUUGUGCAGGAAGAGUACCAGCGCUACCUUGAUGAGCCCUUUGUUGGCCAAGAGACAAUGGGUAGCUUGGACCUGGUAGAGUACUGGAUUAAUCAUCAGUAUACAUACCCAAUACUGUACCAGAUGGCGAUGAAUGUCCUCCCUGCGCAAGCCUUGUCUGUAUUAUCUGAACAAGUAUUCUUGUUGAGCAAGUUGACUGUAACUGCUCAGAGAACUUGCCUCUCUGCUCCAAACGUUGAAUAUAUGCAAGUUUUGAAGCACACGUUGCGUUGGCGCCGCAGAGACCAUCUGGACGGUGUUACAGAGACUGGGAUUGAGAUCAAGCCCAAUGGUCUUGAUUUUGUCUCUCAUCUGUUUGAGAGCGUGACUUGCAAGGAUGGAGAGUAG